GGACCCUGGACAGCGGCGGGCGCGCUCUCGCGAGAUCUGGCGGCGCGGGGCGCGGUCUCGCGGCGGCUGCGGCAGGAGCGGGGCAGGCGGCGGGGCCGCGCCUCCCGCGCGGGACCGGGCACGGCGCGCCGCUUUGGUAAAGCUUCCAGGUGUUUUUUUCCCUUCUUUUCCCGUGGAACGGAGAGGCUGAGCGUGUGCCAGUAUGGCAGAAAAAGUGAACAACUUCCCUCCCCUGCCGAAGUUCAUCCCCUUGAAGCCCUGUUUCUACCAGGAUUUCGAUGCGGAGAUCCCACCGCAGCACCGCACCAUGGCCAAGCGGCUUUACUACCUCUGGAUGCUGAACAGCAUCACCUUGGCGGUGAAUCUCGUUGGCUGCCUCGCAUGGCUGAUUGGAGGUGGUGGAGCUGUUAAUUUUGGACUGGCAAUUCUCUGGCUCAUUCUCUUUACGCCCUGCUCCUAUGUCUGCUGGUUUAGACCUAUUUACAAAGCUUUCAAGACAGACAGUUCCUUCAGCUUCAUGGCCUUCUUCUUCACCUUCAUGGCCCAGCUGGUGAUCAGCAUUAUCCAAGCGGUUGGAAUCCCAGGCUGGGGUGUCUGUGGCUGGAUUGCUGCGAUUUCCUUCUUCGGGACCAACGUGGGGUCGGCUGUGGUGAUGCUGAUCCCCACCGUCCUGUUCACGGGAAUGGCAGUCUUCUCCUUCAUCGCCCUCACUAUGGUGCAUAAGUUUUACCGAGGGAGCGGCGGGAGCUUCAGCAAAGCUCAGGAGGAGUGGACCACGGGAGCGUGGAAGAACCCGCAGGUGCAGCAGGCCGCCCAGAGCGCGGCGAUGGGGGCGGCGCAGGGGGCCAUGAUGCAGCACGAGACGCAGUACUCGGCCACCCCCAACUACACCUACUCCAAUGAGAUGUGAGCGGGACACUGUCCUCAGGCGGAAGAGCUGAGGGUGGAACGAGAGGAGGAGGAGGAAGGCUGAGCCGAGUUCCUGCAGUCCUUUCAGGAAGUCGGAGUGUACCAUAACGGUUCUUCUUUUCCUAUUCUUUGUAACAAGAUCCUUUUGGAUUUUCUUUUCCUUUUUUUUUUUUUCCCUUUAUUGUCUUCUUUUUCCUUUUCUUUUUCAUUUUGAAGAGGCCGUAAGUCGACCUGCAGGGCUCUUGUUGUGCGUGGUAGUAAGUGUACGUUCACGUGUCUUCUUUUGCCCUGUGAAAUCGUGUACGGUGGUGGUUUUUUAAUUACUGUGGUGAUAGGUGUACAUUAGAACUACAUCAGCCAAAAGUCCCCCCUGCAAAAGGGAAAGAUAAAAAUAGCAACCAGCACCCAUCUCCCCUCUUGGAAUAAGCCCUGAACCACAGGUUUCUGAUGCGUGUGAGUUUUAUCUUUGAGUCCAGCCACUUGCCACUGUCUCAGCAAGGGCAAGCAAUCCCAGGAAUUCUCCCUUUUUUUUUUGGCUCUUUAACUAGCAGGAGGCUGGCUGAUAUAGCAUUGAAAAGGAAGAAAAAAACCCAAAUCCUAAAUCCUGCUGUUUUGAGAUGCUGGAAGCCCAGAGAUUCCUAAUCCACACCCUGGCUCAGGAUCUACAACCUUUCUUGGUGUGUGGUGUUCACGUUUCACCGUGGCAGCCCAGCGUCGGUGCGUGGCCGUGGGCAGGAGCCCUGCUGCACCCUGUGCGCGCGUGUGCACGUGUGUUGGGAGCGGGGACAGGUUUUCGCUGCGGGAUACAACCCUCCUAUUCCGCAUUCUGCAUCCCCAGUCUGUUUUUUAAAGGCUUCUGUUUUGGAAAAGCAGCUAUAAAAUUGACAGGGUGGUUUCUCAGAGGAGCUGUUCUUGGGCAAGGCUCUGGGUCCAAGCUUUCCACCCUGCAGGUUAGCGCAUACAACCAGACUCACUGACGAUGUAAAUGGUGAGGCCAAGAUUUGUCCUGGUGGCCUUUUAGGGCUUUAAGGCUCUUUAGGAACCUUCCAGGCUGGUGGGAAGGAUUCCUGCCCACUUGCGCUUCUAAAGAGCACAGUGAAACUGUGGCUGUGUAUUUUCCUGGUGCAGAAUUCCCUGCUCCUGUCAGCCCUGAAUCCCUGCCCAGCUUGGGGAAGUUGGGCUUUAAAUAAUGACCUUGCCCCUUAGCAGGAGGCAUCGAAGCUCAGACACCUCUUGGGCCGCGGAAGACGAUUCUGGAAAAAAUCAGUUCAUAAAUGGGAGCUGAUGGACACUGCAGGGCAGAAGCAGGGAAAGCUCCUUCUCUGAGAUGCUUUUCAGAUUCUAAAUGCACUUUAAAUAAGCCAAAUUCUUCUCCGAGUCCCAGCCCAAACAGAAUCUGAUCUGACCCCAUGGCUUCAAUACCUCCCGCAGACGAUGGGCUCGGCGUGCCAGCACUCGUGCUCACAGCUCGCUGGAGCUCUUUGCGUUCCCAGCCCUCACCCUUGUCCAUCCAUGACUCCUGCCCAACAUAAUCACCGGGCAGAAUCCUUCCUUCUGCCCGGCAGAGCCCACCAGGAACAGUUUCCUUUGUGAAGGUAUCCCUGCAGCCGGCAGUCGUCUCUCGGCAGGACUGGAAUGCAGCUCAUGAGAAAGCGCCUGCCUGUGCGUGUGUGUAUAUAGAUGUAUAAAAUGUAAGGAGAAAAGUAAUCCUCUGCUGAGCCUAUUAUGUACUUAAUCAGGUUUAAAUAUUGUGCAAUUCAUUUGUAGCUCGCCGAAAACGUGCUAUGCCAAAUCGUGCGCUGUCAUCCACGUCUGAGAAACGAUGAAUUAAGCGACUUCACCUUUCACGUUUAUAAGAUGCAUAAAUAAUAACUGUAACAAGCUGUAACUAACAGACAUUGCUUCAGCAUCUAACCCUCCUCUCGGUGUGUC